GCCGUCGUGUAAAACUGGCUAGUGUUGUCUUCGCAGGUCUACCGGACACUUGAAAAUUGACAAUACGUUGAAAAUGCAAUGUUCGUGACUUGUACAUACUUUGCCGACAUUGUAGAAGAGUAAGAGUAAAUGUGUAUGGUCGUUAAAACAGAUUACUCCAGGAGGAGUACUGCAGUCGAGGACUUUGGUGUAUUGUAAUUAAAUGAUCCCUGAGGACCCUCGCCGAUUGUGCGACGUGCCGGAUGCAAUAGCGCCUCCAGUCCCCCUUGUGCCACCAAAACAGCUCUGGCCUGUCGAGGCAUGGACUCCUCAAGACCUCUGAAGGUGUGUGUGGUAUCUGGCACCAAGACAUUAGCAGCAGUUCCUUUAAGUCCUGUACAUUCCGAGGUGGGUCCUCCAUGGAUCAGACUUGUUUAUCCAACACAUCCCAAAGAUGCUCGAUCGGAUUGACAUCUGGGGAAUUUGGUGGCCAAAUCAACACCUUGAACCCUUUGUCAUGCUCCUCAAACCAUUCCUGAACAAUUUUUGCAGUGUGGCAGGGCGCAUUAUCCUGCUGAAAAAGGCCACUACCAUUAGGGCAUACCGUUACCAUGAAGGGGCGUACUUGGUCUGCAACAAUGUUUAGUAGCUCUUCUGUGGGAUUGGACCAGACGGGCUAGCCUUUGCUCCCUAUGCACAUCAGUGGGCCUUGGGCGCCUCUGACCCUGUUGCCAGUUCACCGGUUGUCCUUCCUUGGACCACUAUUGGUUCCUGGUGGUGCUGCUGCAUGUAUGGAAAGACAAAAAAGGACAUCAAGCGAAGGAUUUUGGGAUUGGAGAGCUUGGCCAAUAACAGAACAUAGAUAUAAAAAAAAAACCCACUAUGACACUUUUCCAUUUUUGUUGCCAUAUCUCUACGUCUGAACAAACAGUGUUAAAGGCACAGUGGCUUUUUGAACUGCUUCACAAUUCUUUCACUCAAAAGCAGCUUAUUUACAAUGAUUACUUUAUUUGCUAGUCAUAUUGUGCUGCCUAGUAUAAAGGCACAUGGAAGUUAAUUCUCUUCUGACACUGCAGAGGAGAAUGUCAGGUGCUGAACUAAUGAAAAGAUCGCAUGAGGAUACAAUGGAUGAACUAGACCAAAAUCCCACAAUGAAGGAGUCUUCCACAAUUGUGGAGGACACAUGUAUGCCUAACAGGUCUCCCAUAGGAGACAACAGACAGCAUGAUGAUCCAGUGGACAUUUAUAACAAGGACUCUUCUGAUAAUCAUGAAAAUCAAUGUACUGCUCCAACAAAGUCUAUACAUGACCCUACAGAAAUACAAGCACCUAAAGACAAGCCUCUGUCUGGUAUUUCCUAUGAUGAAAUGUCUAUAUUGAAGGACGGUUCAAAAAAGGAUGAUUCUGAUAGGAAAAUGUUUGACACCAAUCACAAAUGUGACAGUUUAGAGGUUGAACUUCAGAGAUCCUCUUUACUUAUUGAACAGUCCAAACAAACAAGUGAGGAGAAUCACGUCUCAAAUAGCUUAUCUCCUAUACAUGUACCACUUCCAGAGGCUGAGCAGAAGCACGGUGGUCAGCAGUGCAAUCAGAAACCUUUGACUGUAGGUGAAUGUCAUUCUGAAGAAAGUAGUGCAAUGAAUACAGAUAAUUCACUUGAAAGAGAUGGUUCCUCAUAUCGUGGCCGUCCACGUAAGGAAAAGCGAGUUAUUAAAUGUGAAUUCUGUGGACGCCCAUUCAAUCAUGCAUCAGCUUACAUAAUCCACCGGCGUGUCCACACGGGUGAGAAGCCUUUCAGUUGCCAGGUUUGUGGUAAAGCCUUUGCUCAACUCUCCAAUCUUAGAUCGCACACAAAGAUCCAUAAUGCACCUAAAAGUUUAACCUUGCAAAAUUCUAGCAUAUAUCAAAACAAAGCCAAUGUUCCCAAGAGUGUGACACCACCAAGAGAGAACCAAGUGAGCAGGACUCCAGUUUUUAGAAAUGACUGCCCAGACAAAAGUAAUGAGCCUCUCAAUAGAAGCAGAAAACCUGUAGCUUGUCCUAUCUGUGGAAAGGUCUUUCCCUACAAAUCAGUGCUUAAAAUACAUCUUCGGACUCACAGUGGAGAAAAACCAUACUCUUGCAGAGUGUGUGGCAAAGCAUUUACACAGGCAUGCACUGUUCGCGUCCAUGAAAGAGUACACUGGUCCAUCAAACCUUUUCUAUGUUCCAAAUGUGGGAAAGGAUUUUCACAGAUUGGAACACUGAAAGGUCAUACCUGUGAGGGGAAAAGGCAGACCCAUGCUACUUUAAAAGAAAUGGAAAUAGCUGGUGUUGUAACCUUCAGGUGUCAUCUUUGCAAAAAGUGCUUUAGCACAAGAGAUGAGUAUGAUGUUCAUGUGCAAGCACACACAGAUAGUCACCGUUAUAACUGUGAUAGGUGUGGUCAGAAAUACAGUCUUCGUUCUGAGCUUGACACUCACAUAAAACAUUGUUUUUCCAUGUGGCUUGCAAAGACAAAGCCACAUAGUCAUUCUUCAGUCAAGGUAGAAACCAAAACCACUGAGACUAAAACAGAUCAAGGCUCACAGGCUGCAAAUACAGGAUUCAUACCCAUAAAAGUGCAGAGACCCAGCUUGGUUGAAACUUGUAAACAGGAAUACCAGAGUAAGCAGAGUAAAAUGCCACAGUCUGAGUUUUUCCAGCCUCAAAAACGUAAGAAAUACCCUUCUCUGCUGGCUUGCCCCCCUAAGGUGAUAGCCACCUCUGCUUAUGAUCCUCAAAACAACCUCAGUCAUUGUCAACCUUUUAAAGCAAGUUACAUUGUAGCUCUGUUAAACAGUUUGGACCAGAAAUCUGACCCAAGGAAGUAUUUGUGUCCACGCUGCGGACGGCUUUUCAGGCAUGUAGGAAGACUGAGAGCCCACAUGCUAAGUCAUGCUCGAGGUAAGAGCUUCACCUGUGGCCACUGCGGGAAAAUCUCAGAAAACUGGAUUAACUUCUGGCGUCACCAACGCAUGCACAAACAAAGACGAGGCCGCUUCUUUUGUCCAAAAUGUGGUCAGGGUUUUCGCUUUGCCAGUAUCUACAUGGAGCAUCUGCAACAGCAUCCCGAGCUUAAUGCAUAUUUUUGCCCCAUCUGUCCUCACACCUUUUCCAAUGCUACAAGUUUGAAGAACCACCAACAGGAAUGGCAUCAGUCAAGCAUGCCUCAUUUAUGUGACAUCUGCGGGAAAGGUUUUUCGACUUCCUUAGUACUAAAGCGUCAUCGAGUAACGCAUUGUUUUAAAAACUCACAGGUGGAUAUGCCUUAUGUGGUUGAUGUGCAGCCGAUGAUGAAACCUUAUGAAUGUGGUAAAUGUGCUGCCAGUUUUAAAACCCUGGAUUUACUUUUCAGUCAUCAGCUCUGUCAUUCACCUAAAGGCCUGAGCUAUCGAAACAAUAAUGGGCAUGAACACGUAAAGAAGGGACAACAAUCUCCACCUGACAAAAACAACUUCCACUUUAGCAUUUCUACAUCUCAUCAAAAUAAUACAGAACCUUGUCAAAAUCUCAUUCAUGGUCAUCGCUUCACUUCCAUCCCUCCAGAUCCAGUACAAACACAAACCCAGCAGGGAACGGAUAUCAGUAAUGCACAAAAUAUGAUGACUUUUCCACUUGUCUCAUCAGAUUCCAUGCCUACACAUUUAGGAACAAAAGAAAUAAAAACCUCUAUGUGUACUUAUGUGAGCUCUUUGAAAACUAAGGAAAUGCACAGUGGGACUACUCUAGAGUCCAAAUCAGUUCACAAAGCUGGGCAUCUAGUGUGCACAGAUUGUGGUGCUUGUUUUGCUUUUCUUCCAGCUUUACAUGAACAUUACUUGAAACAUGCCAGAGGAGAGAUAUAAAUAUGAUACCAUCAUAAAGGAAUUCUCAUCAUACUUUUUAGAGGACAUUUUAAAACAUUGACCACAAGCACUGCAUGGGAGAUAUUUCAUUUACUACUCUAAACUCUAAAACAGUUUCUACUAGAUGUAGAAGUGCACAAUUUGUCAUAGUAUUAAUGUGAAUAGUGUGCUCCUAUAAGAAAGACAGACAUCUUUUUAUCAAAUGAUUGUAGGAAGUAUUGCCUGCAGUUGGAUGUUAACAGUGAAAUAUCAGUUCUUUUAGGUCUGUUGAAGCUUUAAUUAUAGCACUUAACUAUUUGUGUAGUUAAGAAAAAUGUCUCCGAAUGAUCAUGGUCUGGAAUAUCUAAAACAUCCAAGUUUAAAUAAUAGUUUAGAUAGCUGUUCAAAACUGCUGUACAUUUUUGUGAUUAAAAUUGGUUUGGAAAAACAGAAGUCAUCCAUUAUAACAUGGUGGUAUUAAGGGUGCUCCAUACUCAGAAGUGUUUUUUAUUUUGUAUAUCAUGUUUUGUAUAGUUUUUAAUUUAAUAUAUCUGUACUUUUUAUACCCAAAAUGUAUUUUCUCUGUAGUGCAUGUUUUAAAAUAAUCCAAUAAAGCUUCAUGAAAGAAGAAGGAGAUAAGUAGGAUUUGAUUGUGAAAUUCAAGCGGUGUAGACAAUAAUAUACCAUGUACCUUAUGGCAAAUACAGAAGCUGCAUAGAAUUUAGGUGGGCUAAAAAGUAAUUGGUGAGUCUUCCUCUCCAAAACUCCACCUGCUCCAUUUAGUCAGAAAACACACCGCUGAUCAUAAAGUCUUAGAGAACAAUGAAACAGUACCCGCAGGAUGUGUAUGGCAGUGACUGAUCUUAUUAUUUGUUUGUUUUUGUUUUUGUGUGUGUGUGUGUGUGUGUGUGUUCAUAUGCCUGCCAUUGGCUGUAGGUCUAAGGCCAUUUGCAAUAUCUCUCUACAUAGUCCAGAUCCAUUCUUUUGUUGUCUGUGUACGUGCACUAUCCCUACAACAUUUUGAACACUGACCACACUUUAAAACACAGAGUGAUUAUGGAUGGCUUUAAAAGGACUCGUAAUGCAUUGGAUAUUAUAACUGUAUGCUAACUAACAUGUUAGCUAGACAGAUGACUGUUAUGUGCAUGCAUUUGUCACUUUACUUUUGAACUAGGGCAUAUCUGUUAUUGUUGUGUUAUUAUUAUGGCAUUGAAUCUAACAUUCAUUAGUUUCUCCAUUAAUUGGACUCCUAUAUCACUCCUUAUUCACCAUCACUGACAGUCUGCAAUGCUAAAAUGCAGUGUCAAGCCAGAUAUUGUGUUCUGUUCAAAGUGAAUAGGCUGUUCGUGCAUAACCAGAGGUGCGUCUCACUCUCCUGGCUAAUUGUGUAGAUCAGCAUAUGAAUAAUAGAUAUUUUUCUCUUUUCCUGGAAAAUAUCUAGGUCACGUGUUUUAGUAGUUUACCCGUAGGCUAUAGCCAUAUCUUAUAGCCAGUGGAAUUUAGGUGGCAGCUGGAGUGGCAAAUACCCUGAACUAGUUUUCAGGUAAAUGUGAACAUGUAAAGGAAUUAUACUUGAAAAAACUCUAACAACACCCCUCAUUAUCCAAACAUUUUAAGAUUGUUUAGAAAGAUAUACAUUUUAUAUUUGUAUUCUGCCACCACACCAAGCUUGCGUCCUCCUGUUUAAAUCCCUGUAAUAUUAUUUGAUGUAUAAUGACUAAUGGAACAGUGUUAAUUUAAAAAAACAGGACAUAUUUCCAAAGGAAUUCCAUCAUCAGUUAUGCGUGCAAAAUGUAAUUAAAGCACACUGCAGUGAAUCCAUGAUUUUCUUUUGGAUACCUAAAAUCUGAAGAGAAGUUUUUCUUUUGUUUUUGCUAUUUUCCAAAAUUUAAAAUAAUAGUGAUGGCAUUAAAACUAUGUUUUAAUCAUAUGAAACUAUGCAAUGCUCACUAAAACCAUUUAGACCCGAGUUCCAUCACUGGGACUUCAUUGUUUUUGAGAUUUUUGUUUUUCGCAGUUGAAGACGCCAUUUUAGUAUGACUGGAGAGGCAAAAGGGCAAGAAAUUGUUGUUUUUUAAACAGUUUUUAAAUUUGUGGUGUGGACAAGGCCUAACCUCUACACUGCAAUGUAUUGUUUACAUAUUUUCACUUGCUCUUCCAUGGAGCACUUGGCUGAGAUUAAAUGACUCAUGUGCAUUUCCCUUUGCGGAGGUAAAAGUUACUCAGGUUAUUUAUUCAGAUAUAUUUGCUAUUAUUGUAAUGAACAUCUAUAACAUUACAAAAUGCAACAUUUGAAGGAAUUAAUUGCGGCUCAUGGUGUCCCUGAUCCAGGCAGUGUAGUUGCAGACUUUGGUGUAGACACCAGGCUUAUUCUGGAGAGCGCAGCCGUAACCCCAGGACA